GGGAGAAAGCAGACAGUAAGAGUCUGACUAACUUUCACACAUUACAGCUGCUUACAAAUCUUUUAGGGGUCUUAAACUCUCUGGUUGAUUUGUGGAAUACUUUUUACGGAGGUCUGGACUGACUAAAACUUUUUUCCUGCUGAAAAAAAUGGCACUCAGACAAGACUCAGAUAAAGAACCACGAAUCGAGCUCUUCAUUAAGGCCGGUCAUGAUGGGGAGAAUGUGGGCAACUGUCCCUUCUGCCAGAGGCUCUUCAUGGUUCUUUGGCUGAAAGGAGUCAGGUUCACAGUAACCACUGUUGACAUGAGGAAGAAGCCAGAAGAGCUAAAAGACUUAGCUCCGGGUACCAACCCUCCUUUCCUCCUGUACAAUGGCACACUGAAGACCGACUUCAUUAAGAUCGAAGAGUUCCUGGAGACCACCCUCGCCCCUCCCCGCUAUCCUCAUCUCAGCCCCCGCUACAAAGAGUCUUUUGAUGUUGGUGCUGACAUUUUUGCCAAGUUCUCUGCCUUCAUCAAGAACAGUCCAAACAAUGCUUUCCACGAAAAAGCCUUAUUGAGGGAGUUUAAGCGCCUGGAUGACUAUCUGAACACUCCGCUUCAAGAUGAGCUGGAACAAAAUGUCAGCGUAUCCAAAAGAAAGUUUCUUGAUGGCAGUCGCUUGACACUGGCAGACUGCAAUUUGUUACCAAAGCUGCAUGUCAUCAAGGUUGCUGCCAAAAAGUACUGUAAUUUUGAGAUUCCUCCUCAGUUCACUGGAGUGUGGCGUUACCUGCAGAGUGCAUAUGAGAGAGAAGAGUUCAGCCAGACCUGUCCAGCCGACAUUGAAAUUGAGAAAGCCUAUCUGAGUGUGGUCAAAAGAAACUGAACUUCAGAUGAAUGAAGUGAUAAAAUGUUUAAAUAGUGUAAAUAAAAGUUCUUAAGUUUAUAGCCAUCUCCAUAGUUGUAGUUCACAUGUGAGGAAAUCUUAUACAGCAAAGACAAAAACACACCACAUGCAGUUUGCUAAUGUACUUUCAUUGUCUAAGAGGUCUGAGUGACUGCUACUGUCAACGAGGCUUUAUACUAGUAGGUUUAGAGGUUAUAGGAUCUUUUGCAAAUGAUCUUGAGAACAACAGUAAACAGAGUUGUGCUUGCGUAGCAUAUGUAAUGUUUUUUGUGCAUACUUGUGUAUAUAUGUAUUUUACAUUCAUUAGGGCGCAUUCGGUUAUAUGUAAUGUAUACCUAAAAAAGCUGUGUUUUUUAAACACUAGAGAAAAAGUUUUGUUGAAUCAUGUACAGUACUGGAGUCAUUGAGUCAUGCAGCAGUAAUGGUUGUUUUGUAUUAAGGGUUAUUGUAAUGUUGAGAUUGUUUAAGAAAGAGAUUAAACAGCUUUCUUUCAUUUUUUACUUAAAAAUAAAACUAAUAUCAUACACA